AUGGAAAUACCAACUGAAUCGAACGAAGAAGACCACACGCUAUGGAAGCAAGGAGAAGAGGCAUACAAGAACAGCUUCAACACGGGCACAACCUGGAAACAACUAAGACAACCUUCUCCGACUGUACCGUGGUGGAAAGCAGUAUGGUUCAAGCGUGCUAUACCCAAACAUGCGCUUAUACAAUGGCAAGCUUCCUUGGGCAGGUUAUCAACAAAGGACAGGCUACACCGAUGGGGAUUGCAGGCUGAAACGCUAUGUAAUCUGUGCUCAGCGGAAGAGGAAUCUCAUCAGCAUCUAUUCUUCGAAUGCUCAUUCAGCUCCUCAUUAUGGUUACACUUCGCAAACAGAUUAGGGACAGAACCGCCACUCCGGUUACAUCUAAUGCCGGGUUGGAUCGAAGCCACCGACCAAGGACAAAAUCGGUACAACCACCACCGACGAACUUUGACAGCCAUCACACUCCAAGCAGCAGCUUACAUGCUAUGGCGUGAGAGAAACGACAGGAUAUUCCGCUCUCAUGGAAUGCCAAACGAUCAGCUCAAGCACAGACUUGACCGGCUCGUUCGAAACAUAAUUCUGACAGGACAAUCCGGUCCUCAUCAGCAGAAAAACCACCUCCUCCAAGUUUGGUUCUAUCUAACACGACCACCUUGA